ACCAAGGACCGAUGCAGGAAGGAGGAAGCAGGGGCGAAGUUGUCGUGUGGCUGCUUCCUGGUACAAAUGGCGAGCGCCAUGAAAACAGGGUUAUUGACAUGGGACUUGACAAAAGUGCUAUUCUUAUUCAUUUGUAUUCACUUUACACGCCCGUUAAAUGCAGUGUCAGAGCCGGGGAAAUGGACCUUGACCGCCAACAGUGAAACUACAAAGAAGCAGAGCUUUUUCCUCUUCACCAAGACUAUGUUUAACAAUACUAGCAUUCAGCUGAAAUGGUUGACGGAACACUGUGACCCUCCGGUUAAACUCAACAUCUCCUGGUACCUAAGGAGCUCCCGCUGCUUCGACGAGGUGUUCGGUCUCGACCCUCUGAAGGCAGGGAGCUACUUCAGGACGACAGAUGUGAAACAGGAAGGAGGAAGUGGCUUCUAUGUGUUCCACCAAUACCCUGUCAUUGAGUGCAAACAGACCAUGACCCACAUUGAGCUCUCUCUCAACAAGUUUGAGGAGCCGACUAGGCUUACUGAGCCAGUUCACGAACAGCCUGUCACUGACAAGGACCAAGCGAUAAGGAAAAGGAGCAAUGAGGAUCCAAAGGAGGCACUUGCUGAGAAAAAUGCCCCCGUCAAAGCAGAGGCAACUGUGGCCACGGGGAAAGCCCCAGCCCCCGCUGCAAAGAAAGAAGUGCAGUUUGCAUCCCAGCACUUUGAUGCAGUGGCCCAGACCUGGGAUGAUGGCCCUUACAUGUUCAUCGUCCACAUCCAAGAGAUCAAGAAGAGCAGCGCUGCCACUGACUCUGUCCCAACACAGAACUGCAACAUCCAACUGCAAGUCAGUAUGAAAGGACCCCAUGACUACAUCUCAGCUUCGGAAUGGCCUCUUAUGAUCUUCUACAUGGUGAUGUGUGUCAUCUAUGUGUUGCUGGGCCUUCUGUGGUUGGGCCUGUCAGCCUGCUACUGGAGAGAGCUGCUCAGGAUUCAGUUCUGGAUCGGCGGGGUCAUCUUCCUGGGCAUGCUGGAGAAGGCUGUGUACUACGCCGAGUUCCAGAGCAUCCGCUACGACGGCCUCUCAGUCCAGGGGGCAGUAGUGUUUGCGGAGGUCCUAUCAGCAGUGAAGAGGACCCUGGCCCGUGUGCUCGUCAUCAUCGCCAGUCUUGGUUAUGGAAUUGUCAAGCCAAGGCUUGGUGCAUUGUUACACAGGGUGGUUGGGGUGGGACUGCUCUACCUUAUAUUCUCUGUUGUCGAGGGAAUCCUGAGGGUCAAUUCGGGUCAAGGGGGCAGUAGCAGACUACUGUGUGACAUUGUUCUGGCGUUCACUGACUCGUGUGUUGUGUGGUGGAUCUUUAUCAGCCUGGCUCAGACCAUGAAGCUCCUUCGCCUCCGAAGAAACGUGGUCAAGCUCUCCUUGUAUCGCCACUUUACCAACACCCUCAUAUUCGCCGUUAUUGCCUCAGUCAUUUUCAUUAUCUGGACGACAAAGACCUUCAAGUUUUCAAAGUGCCAGUCGGACUGGAAGGAGCUGUGGAUAGAAGAUGCCUUCUGGCGGUUCCUCUUCUCCACCAUCCUUCUGGUCAUCAUGUUCCUGUGGAGGCCUUCGGCCAACAACCAGAGAUAUGCCUUCAGCCCCCUAGUGGACGAUGAGAGUGACGACGAGGAAAAGGAACAGCUGAUGAAUGAUACAUUUGAGGGGGUGAAGAUGAGGGGUCUGAAGUCCGAGGCAAAUGGAACAGCCAAGCCCAACAAAGUGGAUGAGGAUCUGAAAUGGGUCGAAGAGAAUAUCCCCUCUUCAAUGUCAGAUGUUGCACUCCCACCUCUGCUGGACUCUGAUGAGGAGACCAUAACAACCAAAUUUGAGAUGUCCAAAAUGGAAUAGACGCAAGGGAGACGAUGCCUACUGCAGACAAGAGACAGUGCAGCACGUUGGACAACCUUACGUCUGUGUAUGAAGGAUAUUGUUAUCCCUUCCUUAUGAGCUUUGUAAGCAGCGGUUGUAAAUACGAUGGGAUAAACUAUGACGUAAUGAGCAGACUACUUUUCUUUCUCUUUUUGUAUGCCUUUUUAUUUAUAUUUUCAUGGAUAUGUUUAUUUUAUUUUUUUCAUUCGAGAUUAUUUACUACAAAUGGUAUCUUGCCUUUCACUGUUUACGUAGCUAAAGUGCAGAAUGUGAUUUAAAUGUGAUUUCCGCAAUGUUCUUUCUCCAAUAUGCAGCACAAUCAUACACACUCCCUUACAACACUCCCCACACACACACUCAUUCUUUUGAUCUCUCUGACUGUCUGUCUGUCUCUCUUUCACUGUUACACACACUGCACUUCUACAAAAAAAAUGGCCAUUAGUGACAUCUCACUGUUCUGUUUCCUCAUACAGCAGCCUUUUAGAGUGACCGUUAUCUAAGCGGGUGUAAUUCUCCAGACAUAGUCAACACACAGUGGACUUGCCUGAGGGCAGAGCAGCGUCACUGCAGGACUGUUUUAUUGUGUCUGUUCCCACUGAUAACAACCAACUAUCUGGUCAGCACAUCCAAUAAUGAUGGUGUUUUUCUUACAGCUGCCACUUUGUAUUAGUUGUUAUAUUGCCAAAAAUACAUUUUAAGUCAUAUUGUGAGCUUUUGUUUGUUAAUAAAUGAACCGCUAACACGCAUACGAAAACAACAAUAUCACCUUUAUUUGUCCUGAUUGAUUGAUUUGCCAUUUGGCAGAACAGGAAUGGAAUGAUCCAUGUCAUGAACACCUUUUUAGGUGAAUGAGGUCUACAUUCCUUGGAUGGCUGUGGCUUGUGGGUAACAUCCCAUGUCAAUGAUGCCACCCUGUAUUUGUCGGUCACUGCAGGUUACCAUUUUAUGCACAUUCCGUGUAUGUUUAGCUAGCCAAUAACGUCACAUAACAUGUAGCUAUUAUCUUGGAUUAAUGUCUGUUUUAUAAUAUGCUCUUGUCUGUCAUCUCUAAUAACUUAAUCCCAGAGAUUUAGUUUUUUACAGACAACAGUAUGGUGGUGAUUUCAUGGAUAGUUCUGUAUUGAGUGCAUUUACAGAACGGUAACAGAGAUGUCCCUCAACUGCCAGGGCAGUGACAGACUAUAGCAGACAUGACUUUCUGAAACAAGUCAUUUACUCGUGAGUGAGCACAUCACUUGACGCUAUUCAAUGUGAAAUUGAAGUACUCCAGCUAAUACAUCAUGUACAAACCUGCUAUUAGGUAAAAGGAUGUAGGAUUAUCAUAAAGAUGAAUGACCAAUAGCAUUUCCAUAAUGCCUUCCUAAGUGUAUAUAUAAGCAGCCAUUUAUUGUACGUCAACAUUUUAUGCAUAAAUAGCCUCCGCAAUUAAGGUUCUUUAGUUGUGCGACUUUCAUCUUUUAUUGUUCUAGAUUUUGACAAUUUGCUAGCGAACAUGUGACAUCAUUGAUCAACAAAACAUAUCAAUACUGCGUUACAGUGAGAAGAUGUGUUUUGAAAAAACAAAACAAUUUUUGACUUAAUAUUUUAUGGUGGUUUAUUCAUGUACACAACAGUCUAAAAACAACACAGAAAGAGAUUAGAACACAUUACUUCAUUAAUCCACAUUGGGGGGGCAAUCAUUU